CUGUUUUAUCCUGCAUAUGUUUAUAGCUGCUUAUCACAAGUGAUUUUUGAUAGAUAUUCUGGUCCGAAGCCAUUGUUUGCGGCUGCAUGGGCAAAUAAAAACGACAGAAGGUUUCGCCUAGCUGUUGGCAGUAUUGAUUCUUUCGUUGAGGUUACGUUGAUUGAACUGGAUGAAAGCCUUGGUUCACUCGUUGAAAAAGGAAGUUUCAGCCACGAGUUUCCCGCAAACCAGAUUGGUUUCAUACCUGAUCUCGAGAAUAAGUAUCCGGAUUUACUGGCUACAAGUGCUGAUUUCCUCCGAUUGUGGAGAAUACAUCCUAACAAUCUGGUCACAGAAGAGGCUGUUCUAAGUAGCAACAAAUCGUCACAAUUCACUGCACCCCUCACAAAUUUUGAUUGGAACGAGGUGGAUCCGCGACUGAUUGGGACGUCGAGCAUAGACACUACUUGCACUAUAUAUGAUGUGGAGGUAAUUUUUGCUGUCGGGCUUAUUCGGCCAAUCACAUUCAGUGUCAAAACACAACUUAUUGCUCAUGACAAACCUGUUCACGACAUUGCUUUUAGUCGCAUUUUUAAUGGAAAGGAUAACUUCGCUACUGUAGGUGCCGAUGGAAGCGCACGCAUGUUCGACCUGCGACAUUUGGAACAUUCUACAAUAGUGUACGAGGAUCCAUUAAAACUGCCACUCAUGCGAGUUGCUUGGAAUAAACAAGAACACUACCAUCUUGCCACAUUCGCUCAAGAUUCUACUGAGGUCAUAAUUAUUGACAUCCGUAUGCCGUGCAGUCCUCUUGCACGGCUCAAAAAUCAUAAUGGUGCCGUAAAUGGAUUAGCUUGGGCCCCUCACAGCGCGCAUCACAUUUGUACAGCAAGUGAUGAUGCUCAAGCUCUAAUAUGGGACUUGCAAAACAUGCCACGUCCCGUGGAAGAUCCUAUAUUGGCUUAUUCAGCCGGAGGAGAGGUCAAUCAAGUUCAUUGGGGACCAGCACACAAUAAUUGGAUUUGCAUAUGUUUCAACAAAUCUCUCGAGAUUCUGAGAGUUUAA